AUGUCAGUACUAACCCGCAAACGUGUCAUCUCCCCAUCUGAUUCACCUAAUAAGAAACAAAAUACCAUGUCAGAUGACCAGUUUUCAGAGAAAAUGUACACUACAUACGUCAAGUCGGCAUUGCUAUCCCUAGAAACCGAUGCCUUGCCCAUCAACACCAUCACAGAUAAAAUCAAUCUCCCCAUUGGCCACCCCGAAUCAAUCACACUCCCCCAAUUUCAGAUCGUCUUGAACGGACUCGUGUCAAAUACCUCACGCUUGGACAACACCGCAUGCAGCAACCUCAUCUUUGCCAUUUUGAGAUACAACUGGCUAGACAUAGCCGAUACCGAUGGGUACCACCGUUUCGCUGAAUCGUAUUCCCAAUUCCUCGUUGCAUUGGUGUCGACGCUCCCAAAAUACCUCCAUGAAGUGACAAACAAACUUAUCCAGGAAUUUGACUCGCCAAAUACGACCCACCACCACGAAAUACUCACCAAAAUCAUCAAAUACGUUCCCACAUCAAUCAACUCAAUCCCACAACUCUUGCAAAAAAACUUCCCCCACCACAUUUCGUCCUCGACAAAGGAACUUACCAACUACGUGCAGAACCUAGUCCGCGUCUUGGACUACACUCCAGAGUUACAAUUCAGUAUAUGGCAACUAAUCAUCGAGUCGAGUAUAAAACUAGACGUUGAACUCCAGAACGAACUUGACGACCUAGACGACGAAGAGAUCGAAGAUUUGAUUAGUGGCGAAGAAGACUCCGACAGCGAAGACGAAUGGGAGGUCACCACCACCUCCAUCAAAUCCCUCCUGUCCAAACUCGAUAGCAUUAUCAGCACCCUCUUGACUACCACCGCCAACUCAUUCACCAUCGAAGAACUAAACAACGGAAACGGUGUCAACCUCUUCAACACCAUCAACUCCCUCUUCAAAAGCCACAUCUUGCCCACCCACUUUACCAAACUGAUCCAGUUUAUCCUAUUCCACAUCACCCAGUUCCAACCUGAAUUGGCCGACUCAUACUUGGUAUUGCUCAUCGAUGUGGCUUUCAACCCCAGCGAAAUCUUGGAAAAGCGUCUCAAGGCAAUGCAGUACUUGUCGUCAUACAUCGCCAGAGCCAAAAACCUUUCCCGCCACCAGGUCAUCUUCAUUGUCAGUUAUCUUGUCGGUUGGCUCAACAAGUUUAUCAUCGAAAGAGAACAAGAGGUCGAGUCUAGUGGCGACAAACAAGUCGGGGGUAUGGAACGAUUCAAACUAUUCUACGCCGCAUUUCAGGCAUUGCUCUACAUCUUCUGUUUCCGCCACGAACUACUCUCCACCACCGAAAACGACUGGGAGUGCGACCUCGACAAGUUCUUCCAAAGAGCUAUCCUUACCAAGUUUAACCCGCUAAAGUUCUGUGACGAGACCGUGGUGUACAUAUUUGCCAAGUUGGCCACCAAACUCAAUGUCUGCUACUGCUACUCCAUCAUCGAACACAAUAAACGCGAGAGAAUGUUGCACACAAACGCAUUGCCUUCCGCAGUUGGCAACUUUAAACAGAAACAAGAGUUCUUGGACUUGGAAGCUUACUUCCCAUUCGAUCCAUUGGUCUUGCCCAUCAGCAAAUCCAUCGUCGCUCCAAACUACAUAGAAUGGUCAGAAGAUACCCAUGCCGAAGAAACCGAUAGUGAAGACGAUAUAUAG